CGGCUCCGGGAGCGUGGCAAUCAGUGGUGCGCUGUGUCCCUCGGACACAGCGGAUCACCGAUCCACGGAAAGAGCCGAAGAUGUCGGCUCAGUCAUGUGAUCAGCUGUGUCCAAUUGCAGCUGAUCACAUUAGUGUUACCUGUCAUUGUCCAUCAGUGCCAGCUGUCAGUGCUCAUCCAUGCCACCUGCCAGUGCCCAUCAGUGCCACAUAUCAAUGCCACAUUUCAGUGCCCAUCUGAGCUGCCUUUCAGUGUCACAAAUCAGUGCCAGUCAGUGCCACCUAUCAAUGCCAGUCAGUGCCACCUAUCAGUGCUGCCAAUCAGUGCCAGUCAGUGCCACCUAUCAGGGCACAUCAUCAGUGCCACCUAUCAGUGCUCGUCAGUGCUGCCUGUCAGUGCCACCUAACAGUGCUAGUCAGUGCCGCCUAUCAGUGCCAUAUAUGAGUGCUGCCUUUCAGUGCCCAUCAGUGAUGCCUGUCAAUGCCCAUCAGUGCCACCUAUCAGUGUCCAUCAGUGCAGCCUAUCAGUGCCCAUCACUACAGCCUCAUUAGCGCACAUCAGUGAAUGAGAAAAAUCACUUAUUUGCAAAAUUUUAUACUAAAAACUAAGAAAAAACAUUUUUUUUUCAAAAUUUGCAGUGGUUUUUGGAUUGUGUAAGAAGAAAUAA